AUAUAUAUAUAGAUAGAUAUGAGCGAUCGCUGGGAUCUAAGACUGUUAAACAUGCUCGCUUUAUACUAUUUCCGUUUGCUUAGAAUCGUAUUAAUGAAUUGUGGCAACUCAUAAAGCACUCGAUAUUGCUCAAGUUGUGACACGCAAAAUUGGUAUUAGGUCUGGCCGACAUGAAAUACUCACGUAUUUCUUAUCGUUUCGCACGGGGCUACUCCCGCCAUAAACGUUUGCCCCUUCGGGCUCAUAAAUACAUUCAUAAAUAUAAUAAAUACACUAAGCGAUACUCAUUUGUCUGAGCGAAGUACAUGGAGUAACACAUCGAGGACUAGUUCACCCCCGGCUUUUUCGGCAGUUUGUCAUCAUCGAACAUAAAUAACCCAUUUGGCAAUUAAAAACAGACAAACGCUUAUCGCAACACAAAAAAAUAUAGAUAGUACUCCAGUCGUACGAAGCAUCCAUAAAUCGAAGCGAACAUGUCACAGAUCUAUCAGAAAUCGGAGGUUGCGGAACGCAAUGGCAAAAACGGCCAGCCCGUUUGGAUGAUCUACAAAGGCAACGUGUACGAUGUGACCAAAUUUACUAAGGAUCAUCCCGGCGGCCCGGAGCUCAUACUGGAGGUGGCCGGCAAGGAUGCGACCAAGGCGUUCAACAAUGCCGGACACUCGCCGGACGCGGUCCAGCAGCUGAAACAGUACAAAAUCGGCGAAGUUGCCAUCGAUGCACAGCCAAAGCCGCAGACGGCCAACAAAUCCGCAGAGCUGGGACAGACAAAGCAGCCGCAGCAGGCGGAGAAAUCGAGCGGUUUCCUGUGCUGCUGCUGAGCGCAGUUUCCAAGGGCAUCCGUUUUCCUUCCUAUUGUGUUAAUUUGUUGUUGUUUUCGUUUUGUUUAUUAACAUAGCUCAGGUCGUUUAGUGUAUAAUUAUUGUAGUUGUCUAGAACUGAAGCAAAGGCGCAGCCACUUUUCGCGGCGCCCAUAUAGUCAUUAACUAAUAUCGUCUAGAAUAAGAAGAAGAUCAACGUUUUGUUGCGUAACGCAAUGUGAAUAAAUUUUCCAUUUUGCCACUUUUUGCUGUGGGG